AUGCUCGGCGCAAGACCAGAGGCAGUGGUGUUCCUGGGAGCUCUACUGACUGGGUCGCUAAUUCCAGCAGGCGGCCAGGACACACUCCCACUGUCCUGGGAAGUGCAGCGCUAUGACGGCUGGUUCAACAACCUGAGGCACCACGAGCGCGGCGCUGCAGGCUGCCGAUUGCAACGCCUAGUACCAGCCAAUUACGCGGACGGCGUGUAUCAAGCUCUGGGAGAGCCGCUGCUGCCCAACCCGCGCCAGCUCAGCCUCGCUGCCACGCGGGGCAGCCCGGGACUGGCAUCCCGCCGCAACCGCACGGUGCUGGGGGUCUUCUUUGGCUACCACGUGCUCUCGGACCUGGUCAGCGUGGAGAGACCUGGCUGCCCCGCCGAGUUCCUCAACAUCCGCAUCCCGCCCGGGGACCCCGUGUUCGACCCCCAACGGCGCGGGGACGUGGUGCUGCCCUUCCAGAGGAGCCGCUGGGACCCCAAGACCGGACAGAGCCCCAGCAACCCCCGGGACCUGACCAACGAGGUGACCGGCUGGCUGGACGGCAGCGCCAUCUAUGGCUCCUCUCACUCCUGGAGCGACGCACUGCGGAGCUUCUCGGGGGGACAGCUGGCGUCCGGGCCCGACCCCGCCUUCCCCCGGGACACGCAGGUCCCCCUGCUCAUGUGGACCGCGCCCGACCCCGCCACGGAACAGCGCGGGCCGCGGGGGCUGUACGCCUUCGGGGCAGAGCGAGGGAACCGCGAGCCCUUCCUGCAGGCGCUGGGCCUGCUCUGGUUCCGCUACCACAACCUGUGGGCGCAGCGGCUGGCCCGCGAGCACCCGCACUGGGGCGACGAGGAGCUGUUCCAGCACGCGCGCAAGAGGGUCAUCGCCACUUACCAGAACAUUGCUCUGUAUGAGUGGCUGCCCAGCUUCUUGCAGAAAACACCCCCAGAAUAUACAGGGUACCGCCCUUUCCUGGACCCCAGCAUCUCUCCAGAGUUCCUGGUGGCCUCUGAGCAGUUCUUUUCCACCAUGGUACCCCCUGGCGUCUACAUGAGAAAUGCCAGCUGUUAUUUUCAGAAGAUCACAAUCAAGGAUUUUGGCAGCUCCCCAGCCCUCAGAGUCUGCAACAGCUACUGGAUUCGGGAGAACCCCUACCUGAACAGCGCCCAAGCAGUGAAUCAUCUGCUGCUGGGAAUGGCCUCCCAGAUUUCAGAGCUGGAGGACAGGAUAGUGGUUGAAGAUCUGAGGGAUUAUUGGCCUGGUUCUGGCAAGUUCACCCGCACAGACUACGUGGCCAGCAGCAUCCAACGUGGCCGGGAUAUGGGGCUGCCCAGCUAUAGCCAAGCUCUUCUAGCCUUGGGGUUAGAGAUCCCGAAGAACUGGAGUCACCUCAACCCCGAUGUGGACCCCCAGGUGCUGGAGGCCACAGCUGCCCUGUACAACCAGGACCUGUCCCUGCUGGAGCUACUCCCUGGGGGGCUUCUGGAGAGUCACGGGGACCCUGGACCUCUCUUCAGCGCCAUAGUCCUUGACCAGUUUGUGAGGCUGCGGGAUGGUGACCGUUACUGGUUUGAGAACACCAGGAAUGGGCUGUUCUCCAGGGAGGAAAUUGCAGAAAUCAGAAACACCACUCUGCGGGAUGUGCUGGUGGCUGUCACCAAUGUGGACCCCAGUACCCUGCAGCCUAAUGUCUUUAUCUGGCAUGAAGGUGCACCAUGCCCGCAGCCCCAGCAGAUCACAACUGUUGGUUUGCCAUCCUGUGUGCACAUGACCGUGUUUGACUACUUUAAGGGCAGUGGUCCUGGUUUUGGUAUCACCAUUGUGGCUCUCUGCUGUCUUCCACUAGUGAGUCUGCUUAUCUCUGGGGUGGUGGCCCAUUUCCGGAGCCGAGAACGCAAGAAGUUACAAAAGAAAAACAAAGAGAGUAUGAAGAAGGAGGCAGCCAAAGUCGGAGUUCCAGCAAUGGAGUGGCCAGGCCCUAGAGAGGGGAGCUACCCCAUCACCAUUCAGCUGCUGCCAGACAGGUGUCUCCAGAUUCUGGAUGGGCAUCUCUCUGUGCUCCGCACCAUCCAGCUGCAGCCCCUGCAGCAGGUCAACCUCAUUCUGUCCAGCAACCGCAGACGUCGCACCCUGCUGCUCAAGAUCCCCAAGGAGUAUGACCUGGUGCUGCUGUUUAACUCUGAGGAGGAGCGAAACACUUUUGUGCAGCAGCUGCGAGACUUCUGUGUGCGCUGGAAUCUCAGCCUCCCCACAGCUGAGAUGGGCGAGAAUGAGCUGUUCAGGAAGGCUGUGACCAAGCAGCAGCGGGGACGCAUCCUGGAGAUCUUCUUCAGGCACCUUUUUGCCCAGGUGCUGGACAUCAACCAGGCAGAUGCAGGAGCCAUGCCCCUGGACUCAUCACAGAAGGUGCGAGAGGCCCUGACGUGUGAGCUGAGUAGGGCUGAGUUUGCUGAGUCCCUUGGCCUCAAGCCCCAGGACAUGUUUGUGGAGUACAUGUUCUCUCUGGCUGACAAAGAUGGCAAUGGCUACCUGUCCUUCCGGGAGUUCCUGGACAUCCUUGUGGUCUUUAUGAAAGGCUCCCCAGAGGACAAGUCCCGCUUGAUGUUCAACAUGUACGACCUUGAUGGAAAUGGCUUUCUCUCCAAGGAGGAAUUCUUCACCAUGAUGCGGUCCUUCAUCGAGAUCUCCAACAACUGCCUGUCCAAGGCCCAGUUGGCCGAGGUGGUGGAGUCCAUGUUCCGGGAGUCAGGCUUCCAGAACAAGGAGGAGUUGACAUGGGAGGACUUCCACUUUAUGUUGAGGGACCAUGACAGUGAGCUUCGUCGCACGCAGCUCUGCAUCAAAGGUGGAGGUGGCUGCGGGGGGGCAGGUGUUGAAGACAUCUUUAAACCACAAAUCAACUGUCGAGUCUCAUUCAUUGCUCGGACUCCUGGGGAACGCUCCUCCCAAGGGGUGGGGGUUCCUGCCUUAGAAGCCCCAGAGCUGGGAGGCCCUGUGCUGAAGAAGAGGUUUGGCAAAAAGGUAGUGGUGACCCCUCCCCGGCUGUACACGGAGGCGCUGCAGGAGAAGAUGCGUCGGGGCCUCUUGGCGCAGAAGCUGCGGCAGUACAAGCGCUUCGUGGAGAACUACCGGCGCCACAUCGUGUGCAUCGCGGUCUUCUCGGCCAUCUGUGCAGGCCUGUUUGCAGAGCGUGCUUACUUCUAUGCCUUUGCCUCGCCAUCCUCGGGCAUUGCCCAGACCACCUAUGUGGGCAUCAUCCUGUCGCGGGGCACGGCCGCCAGCAUCUCCUUCAUGUUCUCCUACAUCCUGCUCACCAUGUGCCGCAACCUCAUCACCUUCCUGCGCGAGACCUUCCUCAACCGCUACGUGCCCUUCGACGCGGCCGUGGACUUCCAUCGCUGGAUCGCCAUGGCUGCUGUUAUCCUGGCUAUUCUGCACAGUGCUGGCCACGCGGUCAAUGUCUACAUCUUCUCAGUCAGUCCCCUCAGCCUGCUGGCCUGCAUCUUCCCCAGCGUCUUUGUGAAUGAUGGGUCGCAGUUUCCCCAGAAGUUCUACUGGUGGUUCUUUCAGACAGUCCCAGGUAUGACAGGGGUGCUUCUGCUCCUGGUCCUGGCCAUCAUGUACGUCUUCGCCUCCCACCACUUCCGGCGCCGCAGCUUCCGGGGCUUCUGGCUGACCCACCACCUCUACAUCCUGCUCUACGUCCUGAUCAUCAUCCACGGCAGCUUCGGCCUGAUCCAGCUGCCCCGUUUCCACAUCUACUUCCUGGUCCCGGCACUAAUCUAUGGCGGGGACAAGCUGGUGAGCCUGAGCCGGAAGAAGGUGGAGAUCAGCGUGGUGAAGGCGGAGCUGCUGCCCUCAGGAGUAACUCACCUGCAGUUCCAACGACCCCAAGGCUUUGAGUACAAGUCAGGACAGUGGGUGCGGAUCGCCUGCCUGGCUCUGGGCACCAACGAGUACCACCCCUUCACACUGACUUCCGCGCCCCAUGAGGACACGCUCAGUCUGCACAUCCGGGCGGCCGGGCCCUGGACCAUUCGCCUCAGGGAGAUCUACUCACCCCCAGCUGACAGCUGUGCCAAAUACCCGAAGCUGUACCUCGAUGGACCAUUUGGAGAGGGCCACCAGGAGUGGCAUAAGUUUGAGGUGUCAGUGCUGGUGGGAGGAGGCAUUGGGGUCACCCCCUUUGCUUCUAUCCUCAAAGACCUGGUCUUCAAGUCAUCCUUGGGCAGCCAAAUGCUCUGUAAAAAGAUCUACUUCAUCUGGGUGACACGGACCCAGCGGCAGUUCGAGUGGCUGGCUGACAUCAUCCGGGAGGUGGAGGAGAAUGACCACCAGGACCUGGUGUCUGUGCACAUCUACAUCACCCAGCUGGCUGAGAAGUUCGACCUCAGGACCACCAUGCUGUACAUCUGCGAGCGGCACUUCCAGAAGGUGCUGAACAGGAGUCUGUUCACAGGCCUGCGCUCUGUCACCCACUUUGGUCGCCCCCCUUUCGAGCCCUUCUUUAACUCCCUGCAGGAGGUUCACCCAAAGGUACGAAAGUUUGGAGUAUUCAGCUGCGGCCCUCCAGGAAUGACCAAGAAUGUAGAGAAGGCCUGUCAGCUCAUCAACAGGCAGGACCAGGCCCUCUUCAUGCACCACUACGAGAACUUCUGA